AUGGAGCCGGUGAGAGGAGGGAUACCGUGGGAUGUUGGGAACAUACAAGUGUCAGCAGAUCCGAUCGGGUACGCACGGGAGGAGGCCUGCACACGGUCUCCACCAAAUUUUUUCCCGCAGAUCUUCGUGAAGACCCUGACGGGCAAGACCAUCACGCUGGAGGUGGAGAGCAGCGACACGAUCGACAACGUCAAGGCUAAGAUCCAGGACAAGGAGGGCAUCCCGCCGGACCAGCAGCGGCUCAUCUUCGCCGGGAAGCAGCUCGAGGACGGCCGCACGCUCGCCGACUACAACGUGCAGAAGGAGUCGACGCUGCACCUGGUGCUCCGCCUCCGCGGCGGCACCACCAUCAAGGUCAAGACGCUCACCGGCAAGGAGAUUGAGAUCGACAUCGACCCCACCAACACGGUGGACCGCAUCAAGGAGCGCGUCGAGGAGAAGGAGGGCAUCCCGCCCGUGCAGCAGAGGCUCAUCUUCGCCGGCAAGCAGCUCGCCGACGACAAGACUGCCAAGGAUUACAACAUCAAGGGUGGCGACGUGCUGCACCUCGUUCUCGCCCUCAGGGUCGGUGUCUGUUGCUAGAGCCGACUAGUCACAGGGUAUAGGCAUAUAGCUACCCUUUUUUUUACGUUAAUAUUUUUGCUACUUUAAAAGAUCAGUUAUUUUUCCUGUUGGUGUGUAUUCAGGACACUAAUUCUGUAAUUUCUGAAGAGGGAAAACAUGUAUGAGCUGGUAACCUCACCAAUCUGCACAAUAGAGCUAAAGAUAAUAGUUUCUGUUAAAUAUAAUAGUUUUCAUUAAGUAGUUUGAACUUCUUAUUGCAAGGGUGAGAGCUACAUAUAAAUAUAAAGUAAUCUGAACGGAGCUG